GCCAGGAGCCAGGCGCGCAGCCAAGGAGCCGCCCGGCCGGGCUGAGCGGGGCCGCGCACCGGCGGAGGAGGGGCUGCAGUCAGGGGGCGGCCAGUCCGCAGGCGGCGCCCGGCGCGGAGCGGGAUGGCCCCGCGGCUGCAGCUGGAGAAGGCGGCCUGGCGCUGGACCGAGACCGUGCCGCCCGAGGAGGUGACGCAGGAGCAUAUCGAGGCGGCCUAUCGCAUUGGGCUGGAGCCCUGCCAGCGCGGCGUGUGCAGAAGAAACUGCAGAGGAAACCCAAACUGUUUGGUUGGGAUUGGUGAACAUGUUUGGCUAGGAGAAAUUGAUGAAAAUAGCUUUCACAACAUUGAUGACCCAAACUCUGAACGGAGGAAAAAGAACGCCUUUGUAGGCCUAACAAACCUUGGAGCCACAUGCUACGUGAACACUUUCUUGCAGAUGUGGUUUCUUAACUUGGAACUUCGGCAGGCCCUUUACUUGUGUCCAAGCACCUGCAGUGAAUAUGUGACUGGUCAAGGCAUCCCAAAAGACAGAGAUUAUGAACCCCAGACAAUUUGUGAACAUCUUCAGUACUUGUUUGCGUUGUUACAGAACAGUAAUAGACGAUACAUUGAUCCCUCUGGGUUUGUUAAAGCGCUAGGUUUGGAUACAGGACAACAACAGGAUGCCCAGGAAUUUUCAAAGCUAUUCAUGUCACUACUAGAGGAUACUUUGUCUAAACAAAAAAAUCCAGAUGUACGGAACAUUGUUCAAAAGCAGUUUUGUGGAGAGUAUGCGUAUGUCACUGUCUGUAACCAGUGUGGCAGGGAGUCCAAACUCAUAUCGAAAUUUUAUGAACUGGAGUUAAAUAUCCAAGGGCACAAGCAGUUGACAGACUGUAUCACAGAAUUUCUUAAGGAAGAAAAGUUAGAAGGGGACAAUCGUUACUUUUGUGAAACUUGUCAGAGUAAACAAAAUGCAACAAGGAAGAUCAGGCUGCUUAGUCUUCCAUGUACACUCAACUUGCAGCUGAUGCGUUUUGUGUUUGACAGACAAACUGGCCAUAAGAAAAAGUUGAAUACUUACAUUGGUUUUUCUGAAUUGCUUGAUAUGGAACCCUUUAUGGAACAAAAAGAUGGUGUCUAUAUAUAUGAACUUAGUGCAGUUCUUAUACACAGGGGAGUGAGUGCAUACUCUGGUCACUACAUUGCUCAUGUGAAAGACCCACAGACUGGUGAAUGGUACAAGUUUAAUGAUGAAGACAUAGAAAAGAUGGAGGGGAAGAAAUUGCAACUAGGGAUUGAGGAAGAUCUAGCAGAGCCUUCUAAAUCUCAGACUCGUAAACCCAAGUGUGGGAAAGGAACUCACUGCUCUCGAAAUGCUUACAUGUUGGUGUAUCGACUGCAAACACGGGAAAAAUCUCUAACAGCAGAAAUCCCAAGUAUAGGUUUGUUUCUGUUCACUUUUUUUCCAGGGUGCCCGUAUGAGUUUGUCUCUCUUGAAUGGUUACAGAAAUGGCUGGAUGAAUCUGCCCCUCCCAAACCCAUAGAUAACACUGGCUGCUUGUGUUCACAUGGCAAAUUGCACCCUGAUAAAAUAUCAAUUAUGAAGAGAAUAUCUGAGUAUGUUGCUGACUACUUCUACAGGAGAUACGGAGGGGGGCCCAGGCUAAAUGUUAAAGCACUUUGCAAGGACUGUGUGGUAGAGAGAUGUCGAAUACUACGACUGAAAAACCAAUUAAACGAAGACUAUAAAACUGUCACAAACUUGCUGAAAAUUACAGUAAAGGGUAAUGAUGGAUUUUGGGUUGGAAAGUCAUCCUUGCGGAGUUGGCGUCAGUUGGCUCUGGAACAAUUAAAUGAACAAGAUGAUGAUGCAGACCAGAAUAAUGGAAAAAUGAAUGGAGAUGCACAAAACAAAGAUGAGUCCAAUGAAGAAAAGAGGGAGGAGGAAGAGGAGUUAAAUUUUAAUGAAGACCUUGUUUGCCCACAUGGUGACCUAUGCAUAUCAGAAAAUGAAAGGAGGGUUGUUUCUAAAGAAGCCUGGAAAAAGCUCAAGCAGUAUUUUCCUAAGGCCCCAGAAUUUCCAAAUAGCAAAGAGUGCUGUUCCCAGUGCAAGAUUCUGGAAAGAGAAGGAGAGGAAAAUGAAGCCCUGCAUAAGAUGAUGGCAAGUGAGCAGAAGACUGCUCUGCAGAACCUGUUCCAAGACAAAUGCAGACCGUGUCUUGGUAGCUGGCCUCAGGAGACAGAUGAGCUCUACAUUGUAUCACAGUUUUUUGUAGAAGAAUGGAGGAAAUUUGUAAGGAGGCCUACAAGAUGCAGUCCUGUAUCAUCAGUAGGAAACAGUGCUCUUCUCUGCCCACAUGGGGGCCUCAUGUUCACAUUUGCUUCCAUGACCAAAGAAGACUCUAAACUUAUAGCUCUAAUAUGGCCCAGUGAGUGGGAGGCAAUACAAAAACUAUUUGUUGUGGAUCACGUUAUCAAAAUCAUCAGAAUGCAAACUGCUGAGACGAGCCCUGAGAGCACGCUUUUCGAUUCUGAGCCCAAGCUGUGUCCAGAAUGCAGAGAAGGAUUGUUAUGCCAGCAGCAGAGGGACCUGCGUGAGUACACCCAGGCCACCAUCUAUGUACAUAAAGUGGUGGAUAAUAAAAAGGUAAUGAAGGAAGCUGCUCCAGAACUGAAUGUGAGCAGUUCAGAAGCUGAAGAGGAAAGGGAGGAAGCCAAACCAGAAGGGGAACAGGAUCCAGAUUUUAACCAGACUAAUGGUGGUGCGAAACGACAGAAGAUAUCCCACCAGAACUACAUUGUUUAUCAAAAGCAAGGCAUCAGACGGAGCACGCGACACAGAAAAGUCAGAGGGGAAAAGGCACUACUUGUUUCUGCCAACCAGACAUUGAAAGAGCUGAAAAUACAGAUCAUGCACGCAUUUUCAGUUGCUCCGUUUGACCAGAAUUUGUCAAUCGAUGGGAAGAUACUAAAUGAUGACACUGCAACACUUGGCGCCCUUGGAGUCAUUCCAGAGUCAGUCAUUUUAUUAAAGGCUGAUGAACCAAUUGCAGAUUAUGCAGCAAUGGAUGAUGUUAUGCAAGUUUGUAUGCCUGAAGAAGGAUUUAAAGGGACUGGUCUUCUUGGACACUAAUGUUUUUUUAUAACCUCUGGCAGCAGAGAAAUGACCAGAAAGGAAGAGGAUUUUGACAUGGUAGGGCAUUAAAGCAAAGGUGGAUAUAGGACUAAACAGUUGCUUGACUCUUCCAGAAGGCAGAAACCCAUUCUGAAAUGACUGCCCCAAAUGCCUUAUGUCAAAGCAGAUUGCACUGAAGGGACAUCCUGACUUCAAGAGAGCGUUUCAGAUUUUAUAUUUAAUAAAACAGAAGUAAAAGUAUAGUAGCAGUAACAAUAUAUCAUGUUUACAGACAGAAAUUUUUAGCUGAGGAAGGGAGAGGCAUUCUAUUGUUUCCUUGCUCUGAUUUCAUACCACAGUCAUCUGUCCAUAAAGAAAUAGUAUUACAGUAGAUCAAAAACAUCUUGAUCUGUCCUAAAGUAACUCUUUAGAGAUAAACCUGCUUACAGAUAUCCUGUCUUUGAUCCACUCUUACUCAUUCAGUACAGCAUGGAAGUAAAGAGUUUAAUUGUGAAGAAUGACUAGCUUUUUCAGACUUCAUAUAUGUACCCCAAAAUGUAAACUGUGGCUUGCCUGUGAAAGCCUUCUAUCAAUGGCUCUUCAACACAGAGAUAAAGGGGAUAAGGAACUGCCUUCUCUGCUGUCUCUGGAGGCUCUAUCACAUACCCAUCCUUUUGCAGUUUCACUUUCAAACUUGAAGAUGAUCCUAACUUUAAUAAUCACAUGGUCUUUCUCUGUGAAAUGUGUUUUUAGAAAUGUUGGAUAUUUUAACAACUUUUGAUAACAUCUUCUCCAGUAUGCUACUGCCAAGAGCCAGAAAUCCAUUUCCACUCUACUGAUCAAUUCAGGAAUGUUGAAUUAAUCUUCACUAGAGCAUCAGAAUCAGAGAUACUGUAGGGGGUGAGGUGUCAUACUUGGGGCACAUUUUUCAUGUGAAGAGAUUUUCCUUUUGUUUUCAGGAAUGCGCUAAUUUUUUUUUUUUUUUUUUUACUAUCUGUAAUUCCCAGAAAGGACCUCUUCCUGACCCUAUUAAAUAUUAGCUGGAAAUAGGUUACCACUAAAAUAUUUAAAAGGACACUGUCAAGGUAUCUUUAAUAAUAAAGUUAAAUAUUUCCUGGUAGCUUCAUGCUCAACUGUGCUCCCUUAGCAAAAUAGCCUCUUGCUGAGUUUGGGCUUCGGCAGUGUUUUAUUAUUGUUUUUAAAUUGGCCGUUUAGAGCAAAACUACUGUAUUUAACAAUCCCAUGAGCAUUGCAGGCAGAUUUGAGGGGUCGGGGU